AGAGAUGUUGAUUUAGUCAGGCAUUUGAAAACAGGACUCCAAGUGGAUCACACACACACACACUCCUGCGCAGACCCACCAGAGUGGAGUAUCAACACUUGGAGCGGGAGGGGAAGAACUGCACCUGUCCCACACACACACACUCACACUCCUGAGAGGAUCUUGUUGGUCGUCCCUAUGUGUGGAUGGGACCAAAGUUAUACGGCGACCUCUCAUAGCUCGGCCAUGUUGACCAGUGAGGGGGCGCACAUCAUGGAGCAGGAUGACACAACCCACGGCACCAAGAUGGCCUCUACAGCCACCAGCGCUGGCUCUGAUGGAGCGGAGACCAUGACUGACACCGACUUGGACAUGGAGAUGGAGAUGGAGGUGGACAUGACACAAUGGACAGAGAAGGAGUUUGAGGAGAAGUGCACAUAUAUCGUGAAAGACACGCCGUUGGAGGCGGGGUCAGACGGUGACGCUGUGAUGACAUCAACAAGGGCCGAGGCGUCGCUGCCCAGGAACCUGGUUUUUAAAAACCUGGCAGGCAGCAAGGAGGCCGGCGUGUGCAGCAGGGAGUACAUUCCCAAAGGAACUCGCUUUGGUCCCCUGGUGGGUGAGAUCUAUACAGCUGACAGCGUCCCCAAAGACGCAAACCGCAAGUACUUCUGGAGGAUCUACGUGGACGGCGAGUUUCACCACUUUGUGGACGGUCUGGAUGAGACCCGCUCUAACUGGAUGCGGUACGUGAACCCGGCUCACUCCGCAGCAGAGCAGAACCUGGCGGCGUGUCAGAACGGCAUGGAGAUUUACUUCUACACUGUGAAGCCCGUCCCUGCUGGUGCCGAGCUGCUCGUCUGGUACUGCCACGACUUCGCCCGACGCCUGAGAUACCCGCCGUCUGGGGAGCUGAUGAUGCAGAAACUAAGUGAGUUGAUGAAGUUGUUAUUCACUCGUUCACAACCAGUGAGGCUGAGGGGGUCAUUGGAAGCAGUUUUAAGGUGGCCCACUUUGCCUAACAAAAGGGAGCCCAGCCGCCCAUUUCCCACCCGGCCACGCUGUGCCGACAGCCCAGAGCGCCCCCUGUACCGCGCCAUCUACCCGACCAUGACACCCCAUAUUCACUUGCCAGAAAACCUCCUCAGCCACAAACCCAGUCAGCUUGUUUACCCCAUAACUCAUUCCCCUUGCAAACCAUCUUCAGCCACACCUAGUCCGUCUGUCAGAAGCAGUCCAGACAGCAGUCCUCACCGUAGCCCUUCUGGUCCGGCACCACCAGCUUCUUUCUACCCCACUGGGCUAGGUUCUUACCCCAGUUAUUCCCCACCGUCUGCCCCGCUGUCCUCACCAUUCUACGCUCCAGGGACCCCUUACUCACGUUACAUCCUACCACAUCCCUACCCUCUACCAGGUGGAAACGUCCCUGCUGGUGGAGGAAUAUUUCCUCGAAUCUACCCCCUUUACAGCAGUCUCUUAUCCUCGCAUGUGCCCCUCCUGCCCUCUGACCCAGCAGCUAGGCGCUUCCUUGUGCCUGAACCGGUGCACCCCACUUCUAUCUCUGCCCACAGAGACUUUCUCCUUCCGGGGCCCACCAGUGCCUUCUCAGCCGCCACCACUCUGAAAGACAAAGCGGGACCUCACCACCCUUAUCCUGGGCACCUCCACCCACACGGACCAGCCCACGCUCCCUCCAGUGGCUCGCCAACUGCUGGCACAGCACCUCCCAGCGAACAGGUGCCAACUAAGCCUACCUCAGCCCUGCUGGGCAACUCUAAUGAACAUCACUCUGAUGAAGAGGCUGUUAACCUGACCAAAGUAAAACGUGGAGCGGGGUCAGCGGGCUACAAGGCACUACCGUACCCACUGAAGAAGCAGAAUGGCAAAAUCAAGUAUGAGUGCAACGUGUGCAGCAAGACCUUUGGGCAGCUGUCAAACCUGAAGGUUCACCUUCGAGUGCAUAGCGGAGAGAGGCCGUUCAAAUGCCAGACCUGCAGCAAAGGUUUCACUCAGCUCGCUCAUCUGCAAAAACACUACCUGGUCCACACCGGGGAGAAGCCACACGAGUGUCAGGUGUGUCACAAACGCUUCAGCAGCACCAGCAACCUGAAAACCCACCUGCGCCUCCACUCAGGGGAGAAGCCUUAUCACUGCAAACUCUGCCCAGCUAAGUUCACGCAGUUCGUCCACCUCAAGCUGCACAAGCGCCUCCACUCCCGUGAGCGCCCACACAAGUGUCCCCACUGCCACCAUCACUACAUCCACCUGUGCAGCCUCCGGCUCCACGUGAAGGGUUACUGCCUGGCGGCGAACUCUGGCUCAGGCAGCCCAAAUGUUUCCAGCCAGGCUUCUUUGGAGGAGAUCCACCGCGCCAACGAGGAGAUUGAGCGCUUUGACAUCAGCGAGCACGCCGAGCGACUGGAGCAGCUGCAGGGAGGGGUGGAGAUGGACUCCAUGUUGGAGAAGCAGGUGUUGGGGAUGCUGUGGCAGGAAACCGACCUUAAGUCUCCCCAGUUCCAUGCGUACCACAACAGCAGUGCCACAGAGCUCCUGUCGGCAGGUUUUGGCGCGUACGACUCUCCCAAUGAGACAUCGGUCAUCAAGAUGCGACACAGCAGCCCCAUUCCACCACUUCCUCCCAAGAUUACCGUCAAGCUGGAGUCGGAGGAUCAUGCCUAAACGACCUUUCAUGUACCAGAGACAGAUUUGAGACUGCAUGGUGGACUUGUUGCCAGGAGCAACAGCUGUACAUGAAUAAUUACUAGGUUGUCAUAGUGACAUCACUAUGUUUUCAACCUAUCAGGAACUCGCAUACUCAGGGCUGCAAGAGACACUGUCCCAUGACUACUCAGUGAUUCUUAUACUUAGACAAUCACCUAACGAGGUUUUACCUGUAAUUAAUAUAAUUCUGUCGUCUUUAAUAUUCUUGUCUGAUGUUGAAAAGUUUUAGUUUUUGAUAAAUUAGCAGUUUGUAUAAUCUAAUUUAUUCUACUUUCUAUUUUGUGGUUUGAAAAGCAAUAAGUGGAGUGGAUGUAUGUUGGAUGGGGUGAAGACGUGAGAAAAUAUUCUGUUGAUGUGCUUUUUUUUGUUGUUGUUGACUCUGUAAAUAAUUCCCUUUGCCCAUAUUUAUCUUGGCACCUCUGUUUGGUAGAAGUGGGGGUGUCCAUUCAUCAGGGUUUUGCCUUUUUCAACAUUUUGAAAAAAAUUAACAAAGUCGCAGGUUGAAAUACUAGAAAAAUUUCCAGAUACGGCACAUAAAUUUGCUUCAACCUUCCUUGUUAGCUUUCCUGAAGUUUCGUGUUUUUCUGAUGCUCUUUUUCUAUUUAAAUGAAACAAAGAGGACAUUCUCUUUUUGUAGAUUUUUCACAACAGUUACCUCAGUGUGUAUGUGAUGAUGAUGAUGAUGAUGUGUGUGUUUAAAUGAAUAGCUGAAGGUGGGAUUUUUCUAUUUAUUUUUUUCUACUUGAAGAAAAAACCAAACUGAACUGGAACGCAGCUCUUCACGUGGUCCAAAGGAGCAGCGCGGCGCGGCCCGCUCCACAUGUAGCACAUAACGGACCCAGGAAGCUGGUUAGCCUGGUUUGUCCUCUCUUCUUCCUCCUUUUAUGUUUUAUUUCUGUGUGUGUGUGUGUGUGUGUGUGUGUGUGUGUGUGUGUGUGUGUGUGUGUGUGUGUGUGUGUGUGUGUGUGUGUGUGUGUGUGUGUGUGUGUGUGUGUGUGUGUGUGUGUGUGUGUGUGUGUGUGUGUGUGUGUGUGUGUGUGUGUGUGUGUGUGUGUGUGUGUGUGUGUGUGUGAGUGAACUAAUUUGGAGAUUUACGCUAGAGGCUAGAAACCAAAGUUCACUUGGCUAUAAUUUUAAAUCCACACAAAGACAAAACAAAACAUUCAAAAGGGAAAACUUUGAAAAAGGGAAUGAGAAGUAAAAGGGAUUAAAUGCAGAAGAAAGGAAGAUUAACUUUCUGGAUGUGAUGAAGUGUUUGCUCUUUAGCUCUGGGAUCCAGUUUUGUAUAUAUAUUUUAUUUUGUCGUUGCUAUUUGUAACAGCCCCAUUCAUCCGCUGCCUUGUUAAGAACACCUAAGCACCUCGGCCCUCUCUUAUGCACUGCCUCCCACCUCUAUCUUUAUGUCUUUAGGGCCGAAGCUGGUAUCAUUUACACUGUGUCCAAUAUCUCUGAAACUGGUCAAAACUGCAUUAAGACAACUGUGAUUUUCUGUAGCAGUUGUACAUCAACAACUCAGAAGUUUUCUUUCUUUUCUCUGUUUUAUUAUUUGUUUUAGUGUUUGACCAAAGCAUCUUUUUCUCUCCCUCUGGUCGGAGCUGUUACCUCCAGAGGAGAAUCCUUAGUAAAACUCUUUGUUUACAUUCUGGUUUACAAAAUUAUUUAUGUGCAACAAUGUCAAAGUGUAAAUUAUGAUAUAAAUGUUCACUGCUCUGA